GAAAAGAUUGGGGUUUGAAGACAAGUGAGGAUCCUGCCCCGAUUCUAGUGGUCCACGACUCCUCUUCUUGUCGUUGCUGGCGUGAUUCCUGGGACUCAGGUAUUUUCCUUUUGUUGUCCUCCUGCGGCGCAGGCUUUGGCAGAGUUUUGCCGGAGUGACGCUGGUGCUGCCAUAAGAGAUGGACCACACAUCCCCGACCUACAUGCUUGCUAACUUAACCCACUUGCAUUCUGAACAACUUCUGCAGGGCUUGAAUCUUCUUCGUCAACAUCACGAACUCUGUGACAUCAUUCUUCGUGUUGGUGAUGUUAAAAUCCAUGCUCACAAAGUGGUACUUGCCAGCAUCAGUCCAUAUUUCAAAGCUAUGUUCACUGGAAACCUUUCUGAAAAAGAGAACAGUGAGGUUGAGUUUCAGUGCAUUGAUGAAACUGCUCUCCAGGCCAUUGUGGAGUAUGCCUAUACAGGAACUGUUUUUAUUUCACAGGACACAGUUGAAUCUCUCCUUCCAGCAGCAAACCUACUCCAGAUAAAACUUGUCCUGAAGGAAUGUUGUGCAUUUCUUGAAAGCCAGCUUGAUCCUGGUAAUUGUAUCGGAAUUUCUCGUUUUGCAGAGACAUACGGUUGUCAUGACCUUUAUUUGGCAGCUACUAAAUACAUAUGCCAGAAUUUUGAAGCUGUUUGCCAGACUGAAGAGUUUUUUGAACUUACACAUGCUGAUUUGGAUGAAAUUGUUUCCAAUGACUGUUUGAAUGUAGCUACCGAAGAGACUGUUUUUUAUGCACUUGAGUCUUGGAUCAAGUACGAUGUACAAGAACGUCAGAAAUACUUAGCACAGCUACUUAAUAGUGUGAGAUUACCAUUGCUGAGUGUUAAGUUUCUCACUAGACUUUAUGAAGCAAAUCAUCUUAUUCGUGAUGAUCGUACUUGUAAACAUCUUUUGAAUGAAGCCCUAAAGUACCACUUUAUGCCUGAACAUAGACUCUCUCAUCAGACUGUCCUGAUGACACGACCUCGCUGUGCUCCCAAAGUACUUUGUGCCGUAGGAGGAAAAUCUGGACUAUUUGCCUGUUUGGAUAGUGUGGAGAUGUACUUUCCUCAGAAUGACUCUUGGAUUGGUUUGGCACCCCUAAACAUUCCUCGCUAUGAAUUUGGAAUAUGUGUUUUAGACCAAAAAGUGUAUGUUAUAGGUGGUAUUGAAACUAACGUGCGUCCUGGCAUCACUAUCAGAAAACAUGAAAAUUCAGUAGAAUGCUGGAAUCCUGAUACAAAUACCUGGACUUCUCUUGAGAGAAUGAAUGAAAGCCGAAGUACCCUUGGAGUAGUAGUACUUGCAGGAGAACUUUAUGCUUUAGGUGGUUAUGAUGGACAAUCUUAUUUACAAUCUGUAGAGAAAUAUAUUCCUAAAAUAAGAAAAUGGCAACCUGUGGCACCAAUGACUACAACAAGAAGCUGUUUUGCUGCAGCCGUGUUGGAUGGAAUGAUAUAUGCCAUUGGUGGGUAUGGUCCUGCCCACAUGAACAGUGUGGAGCGUUAUGACCCAAGUAAGGACUCCUGGGAGAUGGUUGCAUCUAUGGCAGAUAAAAGGAUUCACUUUGGUGUGGGUGUCAUGCUAGGCUUUAUUUUUGUGGUGGGUGGACAUAAUGGUGUCUCACAUUUGUCAAGCAUUGAAAGAUAUGACCCUCAUCAGAAUCAGUGGACUGUAUGUAGACCAAUGAAAGAACCCAGAACAGGGGUUGGUGCUGCAGUAGUUGAUAACUACCUUUAUGUAGUUGGUGGUCACUCAGGGUCUUCCUAUCUGAAUACCGUGCAGAAAUAUGACCCUAUCUCAGAUACGUGGCUGGAUUCAGCUGGCAUGAUAUACUGUCGCUGCAACUUCGGAUUAACUGCACUUUGACGAGUGUGGACUGGUGGGAAUCAUGUGGUGAUGAACCUUGUGCCGCAUGAAAGGAUGCCCCAUUUUCUGAAAUCCAAAAGCUACAUUAUUUCUUUUUACCUUGAAAUGGCAUGAAGACUCAAAGUUCUGUUGGGUACUUUGAAUUGACAAGUAGCUUUGGUUGCUCUUGAUUAUACAGUGAAUCAAUAAUCAAAAAAAAAAAAAAAGGAAAGAUCUUGCCAAUUUAAUUGUGCCCUUUUUCCCCUAAUACUGGCAUAGAGUAGUUUUAUGUUCAUUAGUGUACAUGUGGAGAAAAUCUUGCUGCUUUAAAAAAAAACUAGCUCUCCUUCUUUCUUAAUAUAUGCACCGUGAUUUACUACGAUGAGAGAUGCUUAGAUGUGGGAGUGUAUUGAAAGGCUAGACAGAAUGCUGAUACUGUCUGUUGGAUAUAAAUUCAUAUGCUUCACAUUUUAAACAAAUAAAGGGCUGCUUUUUUGAGGGGGGUACUUUUAAGGAUUGUAAAUUAUAUACCGUAGUGAGUCCCCUGGAUAUUCUUCCUAUGAAAUGGCUUUAGGGCUGGAGAUGUAAUAAGUUUGCAAAACAAAUGCUUUUACUGUCAUCAUUUUUUGGAGGCUUAUAUUAAGAAGCCAGAUAUUUCCUGUUUAUGCCUUUUUUAUAGGGCAGGUUAAUGCUGGAUGAAUUUAGUUACUUACCUGUGCUAUGCUAAGCAUGGAUAAAAAGUUAAGCAUAUCAGUUUCAGUUUUAUUUUUUUCAUAGUACAGUGGCUUCCCAGUGUUGAUGUAAAUAUUGACAAAUGUUUAGUACCACCCUUAGUAAUACUGAUUUUUUCUACAUAUCCUUAUAAUAAUUUUAGUUUUUUAAGACCCUUAGUUGCUUUUUCACAGUGUUCAGAUAUAAAAAUGGUGCUAACUGUAGGAUCUGUAACAAGGCUAUAAUAAUGUUCUUUUGGAUGUUCAGUAUGAAAUAUGCAUGACAUGUUUUAAUAGUAUUUUUUUUUUCAUUUUUACUGGCAUGGUUUGUGCUUAUUAAAAAUGUUAGUGAUUAUGCUAAUUUUAACAUUCAAAAAUCACCUAAAUGGCCCAUGUUAUAUUUUUCAUGGUUCUUGAGUAGUGAUUUUUAAAAAGAUGCAUUUUUUAAUCUUCUUCUAGUGCUAGAUAUAUGUCCUUUUUAAAGACAAAUAUAUGCAUUAAAUAUAAAGCACUAGGCAGUUAUGCAUUACUUUGUAUACUUCUUAGAUAAUUGGAUAUUUUAAAGUUACUGAGGAAAACUGGAACUCAAUGUUUACUUGAGUAAUCAUUCUAAAUUUGGUUCUAUUUUGACUAAAGAAACAAGCAAGACUGUUUGCUAUAGCCAGUGACAGCUUAUUUAAAAUAAGUGGUCAGCUCAUUUUGUUUUAGCAUGUUUUAGAAAAUAUCUGUUAGUCUUGAAUAUAUUACUUUGCAUUUUAUUAGGAUAUCGGUACUUAUAAUUUUUGGUACUGUAGUUGUUUAAUUUUCUUUUCUUUGAUUUUUUUUAAACCUGCUUAUUAUCUCUAUAGUCUCUGCAAAACCAGUGUAUAUUUGUUUCCUAAGAAAAAAUUCAUACUGCAUUCUUAAGUGCCAUAAUAUUCCAAGCUGUUGUUAAGAAGCCAUUUGUAAUUAUAAAACAUAGGUUUGUUCAUUUAGCAUCUAUGUUACUAUGUAUAGCCUGGCAAUUUGCAGUUUUUCUUGUUCUUCCAUAAACGGCCAGUGUAGAUUUAAAAUAUAGUACAAAACUAUGUAAAGUCAUCUUUAAUCAUGUAAGUAGUAUGCUUUAUGAAUAUUUGCACAGAUUAUAAAACCUUGCAAGUGAUUUUUAGUCUCUUCCUAAUAAGAACUCAACAGGAGCUACUAAUAACAUUGACAGGCUGAGUAUUUUCUAUGUUGCUUGUUUGAAUAACAUAAUGAUAUAUAGCAAUAACUUUUUAAUUGAUUUGAAUAAACCUAUUGAAUAGAAACAAGGUGCACUAUUGUGAUUGGGCUAGACUUUAUUUAAAGAAAAGCAAUUUAAUCACUUCUCGGCCUUUUGGCUAAGAUCAAGUGUAGUAUCUUAUUAGUUUAAAGGAAAGGAAUUUUAAAAAGAUUUCAUUACAUACUUAAUUUUAAGUCUUCAACUUGUUUUUUUUUUUUCGUUUAUGUCAAAUUGUUAAAUGCAUUAAUUCUAUUUUUAAUCUUCUCUCCCCCGAAGAUAAAGGAAUUGGAAAGACUGUAAAAAUCUAUUUUAAUUGUAAAUAGAUCUAUACUAUACAUUUUAACAAUGUUUUAUUCAUUUAUCAUUAUCCCCACUAUCAAAUUGUUAUAAAACAUAUAAUCACUUGGUAAAUUAGACCAAAGGCCUACAUUGAUCAUUGUUUUGGAAAAAUCUAAACUUUAUCCUGCUAAAGACUAAAUGUGAAACAUCUUGGGCAAUAGUAGGAACCAUAUACCAGCGAAUAAAUUACAAAAACCUGUAAAAAGAAAUGAAACCCCAAACUUUAGAAAUACUAACUUUGGGUUUACUAAACCUACGGUACUAUUCAUAACAGCCAGAGGUAUUGUAACCUGACAACUGAUAACUUUACAAUAGACCUUCUCAUACAGAUUUGUGAGAAGUUUCAUCAUGAAUAUUUUCUGACAAAUUGUGUAUUUAAAGUCACGUGUUUCUUACGUUAAAAAACAUCAAAAUAUUUGAUUAUAAAUUCCUACCAUUAAAGAUACUAGAAAUAAUUUAUAUACUCAGGCAAAGGGGAGAAAGCUAUUUAAGAUUGUCCAGAAAUAUUUUGGAAAAAAGGUGACAGUGGAAAUAGAAAUUAAUCUCAUCACUUGGAAGAUACUUGCCUUCCAUAAUUAUGAAGACUUAAUCUGUUAGGAAUGUUUGGCUAUUUAAUGUUUGUUAAAUAUAGUAAUAGAAGUUAGGUGAUUUUUAAUGUAGCCCAAAGGAUGUUUAUGUAAGUUCCAUAGGUUAUUGCUAACAUUGUUUCAAAUAUGAAUGAAUAUUAAACUAUAGGAAGUGGUAUUUAAUGACAGGAAAAUGGCAUUAGGUUUUGAAAAAUUAUUUUGAGAGCUUGACAAAUUAUGGAGGGUCUACUUUGUAUACAUGAUAUUGUGCCAGAUCCUGUCAGGGCUAGAAAUAUAAAUAAGACACAAAUCUUUUCAUUCAAAGAGUAAAGUAUGGUGAGGGAGCUCUGUACCCAAAUAACUAUUAUGGUAAAGUUUGAAUUUAAUUCCUUGUAGCCAAUAUCAUCAAAAGUGAUUAGAGACCUAAUUUAUGUGUAGGCAUUUGUGUCCUUUAGUGUCCAAUUAGGUUUUACUGACAUGAAAAAGAAUCAUAGUAAAAAUAUUUAUAGAACUCCAAACUUCCUGGAAUUGGUUAAUAUAUUUUCUACUAGAAAAAUAGAAUUAUAGAAACUUUAAAAAAUUACAUACUAUGUUAUCAAGCCUCUGGCUAACAUUGAAGGAAAUAUAUGUAUAUAUAAUGCUUUGUUUGUUUUCAGUUUUGGUGUUGGAUUUCUGGUAUUGUCACCUAAGUGCUCAUUUUUCAGGAAAAUCAGAUUCUACAAUAAAUACACUGCUUAAAAGUUCAAUAAACUUGUGAUAACCUCUAUAACCUCUGUAGUCUGAAAGCUAAGAAAUUAUAAGAUGUCACAUGUCAAGUUAACAUCCAGUUCUACUUCUUAACCUUUUUUUUUUCUUUGUAAAACAGCACUUUAAUUAGACAUGAUUUAAUUAAAUACAUUUAUUCUGUGGCUGGAUACAUAUUGGAUUUUCACUUACAGCAUAUUGAUUCAGUGUUGAUACAUAUUGGAAAAGAGUACAAGAUAUAGUAAGUUUUAAAUACUAUAGGUUUACAAGUUUUCUUAUUGGUGUGAAUAUAGAGUCAAUAAAAAUCCAGUUUACAUCUAUGUAGAGAGAAAAAUUGUUUUCCACAUGUCUUUUAUAUUAUGCAUAUUUAACUAAAGAUAAUUUAUUGUUAAUUUUGUCAAGUUAUCCUGUGUAAGUCCCGUUUAUUUUAAAAUACUAAGCAAAAAGUUCCAAGUUUGCCUUAAAAUACAAGUGAAAUUAAAGAACUGGAUGAUAAUGCCUCUAUUUUUGCCUUAUGAAUUGUGCUGUAUCAUAAACCAGAGAUGGUUUUGAUUUUAACAGGAUUCUGAAAUUUUGUAGAUGUAGAGUACUAAUAUUUGUACUCUCUUGCAAAGAAUGUGAUCUAGUGGAUUAUGUUAAUGUUUAAGUGUUUUGUAAAUGUAUUUUACCUCUGAAUAUGUAUCUUUUUAGCAUCAGGGUUUUAUUUUUGUUUACAUGGUAAAGUGGCAUUUAACUUGUUGAAGGUUGUAUUCUUUUGUCUUUUAUUUUAAACGUUCUUUGUGUGUACUAUUAUGGUGAUGCUCUGUAAUGACUAUGGUUAAAUUUCAUUUAAUGUGAAAUGUUUAAAAUAAAUUUGAGAAACAUGCCUUUGUAUGUUUCAAAUGUUAUGAACUGA